GCUCUGAUGAUGAGGCAAUGGCCAGUUACCUGGACAACAUGGAGGAGGGCUUCCAUACAUGGCUGAUAACACCACAGCAGGCAACAUGGUGUUUGAAGAUUCACAGAUCAGGUCGGGUAAUCCAGCCACCCACUCAGGUGCCACCAUAUCUUGUGGUGAUGACGGAAUGAAGGUUGCUCCUGUCAAAGCAAUGGGUCUAGAGCAGGAAGUAAAUGCAGCUUUACACCAGAAACCCCCAACAUCUUCUUGUCUCAGAACUCAACCUGAGAACAACUGCCCUCCUCUCCAAAACCAGGAGGUCCUCCAUCUGAAGCCAACAAAGGAUUUGUCCACAUUGUCAAGUGAACCGUUGUGUAUAGACCAGCUGGGCCCUGGGGACAUUGAGAGAAGUAGACCAAAACUACAGGACAAACAAGAGCUUUGGAAUAUGACAAAUACUACCAAGCCAGACUUCAUGAGCCAGAGCCCUGUUGUGUGCCACAAUGGAGACUUUUUCUCUAAAAAUUCCAGCCCAAAGGAGAAGACACCUAACAAUUUCAGCAGCAUAUUUGAUGGGAUAUUCUAACCUGAUUGCUGAGGUCACAUGUGGGAGUUAACCUCCAUCAACCCUAGUGGUAGUGGUUAAGACAUUGCAAUCUCUAUUUAUGUGAAGGCAUAUCUUUGAUUGCUCUGAAUGGCCUGUUUAGUGUUUUGUUCAUUAUUGACAUAAAGUUGGAAAGACUCACUUUUCACAUUCUAAAAUUUCUUGUA